UCAUGGUUGGUUCUUGUAAAUGUCUAUGGCUUCCGAGAACCAAACUUAUGUGUGUGAAACUUUGCCGAGAUUUCAAGCAGAUGAUCCAUGGCGCUAUUUGUUCCAUUUCUCUGCAAAAUCCCCUUCUUCUCUCUUCUUAUUACAGCUCUCUGCAAUUUCCUUCAUCUCCCAACUUAUGGAAGCCAUCCUCAAACCGCUCGGACAAUCCACCGUCGUCUCUCAUAUCUUUGGAGGCAUCAUCUUGGGUCCAUCGUUCUUGGGGCAAAAAGAUGAGAUAGCAAAAGCGUUGUUCCCCCAACGAGGGAACAUGAUAUUGGAAACUUUUGGAACUUUUGGCCUCAUGUUCUUCCUCUUUGUCGUGGGAGUGAAGAUUGAUGGGGCAGUAAUUUUGCGGCCGGGGCGACAAGCAAUGGUUGUAGGUUUGUUCGUGUUCGUGUUCACCUUGACAUUACCAAUCAUAUUUAUCUUAAUUCUGAAGCAAUCCUGCCCAGUGGAAUGCAACAUCGCCAACUCUCUUUUCUUCAUAGCUUUGUCUCAAACCUUGAUCGGCUCUCCUGUUAUUGCUUGUCUGUUAACCGAGCUCAAGAUCUUGAACACAGAUAUCGGCCGCCUCGCACUUUCAUCGUCCAUGUUCUGUGACGUAUUAGGCGUUCUCACAACCGUUGCUGCCUUAUCAUUCACAGAGAACAAGAAAGCCAGCGGAAAUAGUCCAUUUUAUUCACUAUUAUCAUCAUGUGCACUUAUUGCUGCCAUCAUCUACAUCGUCAAGCCUGCAGUUAUGCAUAUACAUAAGCGAUUUCAAGACCGGAAGUUCAUCAACGAGAUUUUUGUUAUCUGGAUUUUCCUUCUUGUCCUGCUCAGUGGGUUUCUGAGUGAGAUCAUAGGGCAACAUUAUUUCUUGGGGCCAUUGGUUCUUGGCUUGGUUGUGCCAGAUGGUCCUCCAUUGGGUUCUACCAUUGUGUCCAAAUUGGAAACUUUAGCUUCAAGGCUAUUUUAUCCAACUUUUCUUGCUGUUAGUGGAUUGCAGACCAAUAUCUUCAUUAUCAAAAUUCAGGAGACUUGGGUUGUUGGGAUCGUUCUUCUGUUUUCCUGCACUGUUAAGAUUGGAGCCGUGAUGUUGCCAGCAAAAUACAUCAAUCUGCGACGUGGAGAUUCUUUGGUUCUUGGCCUCAUUCUGAAUGCUAGAGGGUUCUUGCAGCUGAUCCUUUUCAAUUUCUGGAAGCACAGUGCGGUGAUUUCAGACAAAGAGUUUUCUUUUGCUGUUAUCUCAAUGUUGGUUAUAACAGGCAUCGUAACACCAUUAAUCAAACAUCUUUAUGAUCCAUCUAAACGCUACCUCUCGUCAUCAAGAUGUACAAUUCAACAUUUGAAGCCGGAGGCCGAGCUCCGAAUCUUGGUCUGCAUCCACCAUCAGGACAACAUCCCCAUGAUCAUUAACCUCCUUGAAGUGUCCUAUGCUUCAAGAGACAGCCCCUUGGCCGCAAUAGCUCUCAUUUUGGUCGAGCUCAUUGGCAGAAGCAACCCAGUUCUUAUAGCACACCAACCGGAUUGCACACUCGAGAGAUCUUCGUCCAAAGCAGUCCACAUUAUCAAUGCUUUGAGGCAAUAUGAAGAACACAAUGCAGGCUGUGCCACUGUCGAUGCUUUCACCGCAAUAUCACCUUACGACCUUAUGCACGACGACGUUUGUAGACUCGCAUUUGACAAGAGGGCCACCAUUGCCAUCCUUCCUUUCCACAAGCAGUGGGCGAUCGAUGGCUCAAUUGGGAAGGUGAACCGAGCCCUUCAGAAUAUGAACAUUCAAAUUCUUGAAAUGGCGCCUUGUUCAGUUGCAAUUCUGGUAGAUAGGGGAGUUUUGACGAAGCAUGCCUCUUUCUUGACUGCACGAUCUCCAUAUCAUAUUGCUGUGUUGUUCAUUGGUGGGCCGGACGAUGCAGAGUCGUUGGCGUUAGGAACUCGAAUGGCAAGGCAUCACACUGUCGACUUAACCGUCAUUCGGUUCCUUCUGUUUGGAGCUGAAAACAACAAGAAUAGGAAGCUUGACUCUGAGUUGAUCCAUGAAUUCCGACUAGCCAACAUGGAACACGAGCAUUUUGUGGUGGUGGAAGAGAUGGUGAGAGACGGCGCAGGAAUGGCUGCUUCCAUCAGAGGCAUGGAGGAUUGCUUCGACUUAAUAAUUACCGGUCUACGACACGAGGACAAUCCCAUUCUCAACGGCCUUCACCAAUGGAGUGAAUGUCCAGAGCUCGGGGUGGUCGGUGAUAUACUUGCGUCACCGGACUUCGGGAGCACAUCGACGGUGUUGUUGGUGCAGCAGCAACAGUUUAGAGGGAGAUUUAGCGAGCGAAGGAUGAUGGAUAGCGCCCUUGUUCAUGAUGCUCCACUGGGAUCUUGGUCUAUAGCGAUGAGCAGAUGAAAUGGAGCAUAGCCUUUACAAAAUCCCCUUCUUUUCUUUUUGUUUCCUUAGCUUUUUGUACAUUUAUAAAUCACUAGCCAAAUCCAUUUUAGAAAGGUGGUAAAUUUAGGAACUUUUUUACGGCCAUUUAUUUAAAUUUUGUAAGGAAUAAUGGCUGUGGGAGUUCUAUCCCAUUUUUGA